UUAGGGUUUUUGGGGAGUUGCAAUUUGGUUCCGUUUCUUGCAACUCACCAUUGUCGGCUAUAACGAGCUUCAGUCAAAUGCAAAUUUCGACGACCCAACAGCAUUUCAAAUCAUCCAUGGUUUCAUUUCGGCAUCUCGCAGAGUAGAAAACUAUCGAAAGUGUCGUGUGAUACUAUACGAGAAGGAAGCCUGAUAUAUCAAAAUAUGGUAGAAGCAGACAAAGGGGAGGAGGAUCUUGAAUUCAAAUGGGGCAAAAAGAAAGGGGUUGGUUGUAGAAUGAGGGAUGUGCAAUUUUACGAAUCAUUUACCUAUGAUGGUGAGGAGUACACCCUGUUCGAUUCUGUGUUUCUUUACAAGGAAGGUGAACCAGAACCUUAUAUUGGAAAACUCAUUAAAAUAUUUGAGGGUCCCGAUAAGAUCAAGAGAGUUAAGAUUCUGUGGUAUUUUCGUCCUUGCGAGAUUGUAAACUUCUUGGGAGGAACUAAUACACAUAAGAAUGAGUUGUUUUUGGCACGUGGAGAAGGUUUAGGGCUUACAAAUAUCAAUCCUCUGGAAGCUAUUGCUGGAAAAUGCAAUGUUGUUUGCAUUUCUGAAGACAGCAGGAAUCCACAUCCAUCAGACGAAGAAUGUCAAAAGGCUGAAUUUGUAUUCUAUCGUUUCUUUGAUGUUGGGCAGCGUAAAAUACUGGACAAGAUAGAUGAUAAGAUUGCUGGAAUUGAAGUUAAAAAUAUUUUUAACAAUUUAGAUAGUCAAAAGCCCGUUGGACUUGCGAAACUUGGUUUAGACAAGAAAGAAGUUGGUGGGAACGUGAUGAAAAGUAAUGAAGUGGUGACUCUUUCGAGUCAAAAAAACAAUAAGCCUAUAAUUGAAAAGCCAGAUAGCAAGUGUUUUGACACAAAAGUUAGAAAAAAUGUGGAUUCUAUGCCAUUGUUGGGAGUAAAGCCUACUUCUAGCAUUGGUGUAAAAGAAACAAGUAAAUCUAAUGAUGCUUGGCACAAUAUUUCUAGUGAUAUGGCCAUGCCUCAAGCUAAAGUUAAAGAAAAUGGGGUUAGUAAGGCUUCUCUGGUUCAGAAGAAAUCAUCUAGUAAACUAUCACAUGGUUCUAGAGCUGGUUUAGAAAUGAGGGAAAUAGAAAGGGGUGAAUGUGAGGUUGUUGGUGUCCCUCUUGGACAAAUCAACAAGAGACAAAUGGAGGACAAGGCUAAAAUUUCAAAUAGGUUUCAAAAUCGAAGGCUUGUUGCCUUUAAUGAUGAUGACGAUGACGAUGACGAUGAUGAUGUGAAGAAUAUAGGUCCAUCUUCAUCAAAGGAUAAAUAUAAGCUUCAACGGGCAAAGGAUUCUUGUGACGUGGACGAAGUUUCUUCCAAAAAGUUAAAGAUUGAGAAGAGGCUAACAAACCCCUCUAUUGACAAGUUGCGUAAAGAAUCUUCUAUGGUUUCUCUGGAUAUGGAACACAAGCCUCCGACGGAAGUUACUCGAAGACCUGAUAUUGAUAGAAGCAAGUGGUUUCGGUCAUUUCCUUGGGAAGAAAGAUUGAAAGCUGCUUAUGAGCAAGGGAAACUUGUGCUACUUGAAAACUUGGAUCCAUCUUUAACUUCAUCAGAUGUACAGGAUAUUGUUUGGCAUGGUCUUAAAGAAAGUUGCACUGCGAAGCUGAUCCAGAAAACUGCAUUCUCUAGCCCUUAUUCUGGUCAGGCUUUUGUUAUAUUUAAAAGAAAGGAAGCAGCAGAGUUGGUUGUUAGAAAAUUAGACGAGGGCUGUUUCUUAAUGUCAAAUGGGCGCCCGCUUGUUGGAAGCUUUGGAAUUCCUUGCUUUCCAGAAAAAAAGCAAAUAUUUUAUGGUCACCAUGUUGUGGAUCAGCUUCGAUUGUAUAAGCUACGUGACAUGAAAGAUGCUGUGUCUACUUCACAUUGUUCUCAGCCUAAUAAUAUUGAGUAUGAUAUGGCCAUAGAAUGGUGCUUACUACAAGAAAAAGCGGACAAAUCAUGGAGAAGAUUGUACGAGCGACAAGGCAAGGAGUUGAGUAAACUAAAAGCUAAGCUGAAGUCUAUAAAAUCUGAAUGAUCUUCAAUGGCUCUAUAUCCUUGCUUUUUUUGUUUCGUGGUUGCAAGGAUUGAGAUCACUUUAUGCAUCAACUAGAGUUUUUGGAUUAUGCUUUUGACUUUGGGUUUCUAGAGUUCAUGAAAUCAAAGAUUUUCUGCUUCCGGAAAAUCCCUUUUGGUUCCCUCUGUCCGGUUUGUCACUCCUUAUAAUAGUUGUGGUCAGCUGCGUCUUUGUCAAUAUUUUGAAUGCAGGUAGACUUAUUUUAAUCUUCAAGGUAAUAGAUAUGUUCAAAAAAUAGUUAUUUUAAAAUUCUUACUAGAACUUUUUUUUUAAAUGUGCGACCUCUGUUGACUUCACUACUGCGUGAAUCUCGUAUAAAACUCGCAUGAAUAGGAUCUCCCAAGUUCAGGAUAGAUAGGUUGUGAAAUCCGU